AUGAUAUUUUUAUUUAUAUAUUUUAAUUUUUAAGAAACACUUUCAUAAUUUUAAAAAUAUAUUGAAUUAUUUGCAUCGUUGUUAGAGAAUGAGACAAUAUUGGAGGACAAAGUAUAGAAUCAAUAUUAACAAGACAAUUGAAUUAUAUGGAAGAGGUAGCAAGAAUGAUGAGUCUAGACUAGCAAACCUAAAUAUUCUGGUGUCACAAAAUUUGAGUAGGGUGACAUAAAGGCUCAGUAUUUUUGAUCAUGCUUAUCGACCAGUUUUGCUGUAAUAAAAUAAUGGCAUCAAUAAAAGAAUAUCAUAAAUGAAUAAAAUAUAUAUUUGUAUAUGAACAAGUGAUUCAGAGCAUUAUUAAGUCAUAAAUCUUCGCUUUUGAAAAUAAACUGCGAAGACCAAAAUCAUUAAUAAAAAGAAAUAUUAAUGUAUAUAUGUCUUUAUAAUAUAUAAGAACCAAGUAUUACGCAUUUCAACCAUGCUCUAUGAUGGAUAUUUGUCCAAAAUAUGUCAGAGUUAUUUUGAGGAAAUAAAGUCUUCAUAAUAAACCUGAAUAAGUCAUCAAAUGA